UGUCUCCCAUCGCACUCUCUGGAGGUCUCUCAUCCAGUCUGCUGAAGCGUUGGUGUAGCUGCUGUGAGACGCUGAAACCAUGGCUGCUACUGGAACUUUCCGUGUGGUGUCGGAGGAGGAGCAGGCCAUGAGGUCAAAGCUGGAGCAUCUGACGGUGAAGGAUCACGGGCCGGUGUUUGGGCCGUGCCCCAAACUGCCUGGGCACACUGUGCAAAAGGCAAAGGAUGAGCUGGGUGAGACAGAUGAGAGACGGGCAUCGUCACUCAAAGAGCUCCGUGUCACGAUGAAGGAGAGGUCGGGGGAAGGAGAUGAUAUGGCCAAACUGGUGCAGGAGCGCUUCAGCGAUAAACCCGAUGCUCUACUGCUGCGCUUCCUCAGAGCCCGCAAGUUUGAUGUCAGCCGAGCCCACGACCUCAUGAAAGGUUAUGUGCGCUUCCGUAAGGAUUAUCCUGAGCUGUUUGAGAACUUGACCCCCGAGGCGGUCCGCAGCACCAUUGAGGCAGGAUACCCUGUGGUCCUACCCACCAGAGACAGGUAUGGCCGUGUUGUCCUGCUCUUCAACAUCGACAACUGGGACCUGGAGGAGAUCACCUUUGAUGAGGUCUUGAGAGCAUACUGUGUGAUCCUGGAGAAGCUGCUUGAAAAUGAAGAGACUCAAAUCAACGGCUUUGUCCUUAUUGAGAAUUUCAAAGGCUUCACCAUGCAGCACGCGUCAGGAAUAAAGACAGCUGAGCUCAAGAAGAUGGUGGACAUGCUGCAGGAUUCAUUUCCCGCCCGCUUCAAGGCAGUCCACGUCACUCACCAGCCCUGGUAUUUCACCACCACGUAUAAUGUGGUUAAACCUUUCAUGAAGGCCAAGCUGCUGGAGCGGGUCUUUGUUCAUGGCGACGAGCUGGACAGCUACUUCAAAGAGUUUGAUGCAGACAUCUUGCCUUCAGAUUUUGAUGGGAAAGCCCCGGUGGCUGACUACCAGGCCGUUGCCACCAAGCUUUUUGGCUCUGAAGACACUGCCCUCUGAAAGUUGUCGUGUUUCAUCCAGGCAGCUUCGAACAAAAAGAAGCAUUUUGAGCUCAGGGCAGAGGGUUUGCAAAUGAAUAAAGAGACACAUGGUGACGAAAAAGGAUCUUUAGAUAUCACAGAAAGAAUAAUUGAUAGUUAACAAUUGUUUCUUCAAAACACUGGCAUUCCAUAUUAAUGUUCGAGGAGAGCGAGAUUAAGAAAACUGAUGAUACCAUGAUUGCUAAAUCCCAACUGCGAUGACUUUGGAUUGAUGUCCUGUGCCUUACAAGUCAAGUUUACAACUACAGCCUUGUACCUACAGCACUAACGACUGUAGACAUUACUGUGCUCUGGAUUCUGUGAUUUAUAGCCUCUAAGGCGAUAUAUGAAUAGUAUGUAGAGGGAAGACGGAUGAUGAGACAGACCAACAUUAGAUAGUUGUUUCAGGAACAGCUAUGCUGUUGCAGCGACUUGGACGUGGUCAUCUGUCUCAAGAUCUUCAAGUGUUGAAUGAGUUGUGAUGCCCAAGUUGCCUUGUUUACUAUUAAUAUGAUUCCUGCCUGUUGCAUUUCAUUUUAAAAUGUUCAAUAAAACUAUUGUGUGUCUGUAGUUCCAUAACAA